CAUUUGAAGAAAGAAAAAAGCGCCACCUCCGGGCGUAUUUCUCUUUCGUACGUGUUCCCUGGCCGCAAACUGAAAGCUAGCCAACCAACCUCUUCCCUCAUGUCUGCCACCAUCGCAACGCCGACGCCCCUCCAACUCCAAAUCCGUGUGGCACCAGAGGCCCCGCGAACACGGUGGCGCGCGACCACCUGCAGGGCGAGGCCGGCGUCGUUGCCGGACGCGCAGGUGGUGACGGGAAGGAAAGGGGUGAGUGAGUACGUGGAGGCGGCGCAACAGCUGACGCGGUGGCCUGACGGCGGGCCUCCCAGGUGGUUCUCGCCGCUCGAGUGCGGAGGCGCCGGCGGGCGCAUCUCCGGCGCUCCGACGCUGCUUUACCUGCCCGGAAUUGAUGGAGUUGGUUUAGGUCUGAUCCGGCACCAUGAGGCGUUAGCAAAGAUCUUCGUUCUAUGGUGCUUGCAUAUACCCGUCAAAGACCGAACAUCCUUCGAAGGACUAGUUGAGUAUGUUGAGAGGACAGUCAAAUUAGAGAGCUCAAGGGCACCAGACAGACCAGUUUAUCUUGUUGGAGAAUCUAUUGGGGCAUGCAUUGCUCUCGCCGGGGCGGCACGAAACAGAGACACUGACUUGGUGCUGAUCCUAGUCAACCCAGGGACAUCUUUCCAUAAGUCAAAAUUACAGUCUCUCUCGGCCUUCUUAGAUUUGAUCCCUGAGCCUUUCCAUUUGAACAGCCCAGAGUUCUUGAAUUUCCUCACAGAGAACUUCAUGCAGAUGCUGUUAACUUUUAUUGGACGUGGUACCUAUCUUGAAGAAGGUGGUCAAGCAUUGUCAGAGUUUCUAGUUGAUGUUCUGCCACGUGAAACAAUUGUUUGGAAGUUGCAAAUGUUGAGAAUAGCGUCAUCAUUUGUCAAUUCUCGUUUACAUGCAGUAAGAGCCCAAACUUUGGUGCUUGCUAGUGGGUACGAUGUACUGCUGCCAAGCCGCGAAGAGGCUCAAAGGCUCCAAAGCAUGCUUGAGAACUGUAGAGUUCGUCAUUUCAGGGAUAAUGGCCACACAAUUUUGUUGAUCAACGCAGAGAACAAGGGCAAGGAGGUGGUGCAGCCCAUGGACAAGGGCAAGAAGUUGGUGCCACACACGACCGAGGAGGUGUCGCCCACGAACGAGGACGUAGUGCUGGAGGAGCCCCCCAGCGGCAAGCACUGGAACUACGGGCACUACCAUAAGGAGGGUGGGCCAACUCACUUCUGCAAGGUCAUCCUUGCCCCGAAGCUCGAGUGCAUACCAAUGCUCCUGGACUUCACAAAGCAUUUCCCGGUUGUGUCGACGGAGUUCAAGCUGAAGAUGAACACCAGCUGCUCAUGGAGGGUCACCGUGAAGCUGAUGAAUGGCAGGGUCACCCUCAAUCAGGGUUGGGCCACCUUUGUCGCCGUCCAUUAG